AUGACUACUGAUAUUUUGGCGAUUCUUGUCACAACUGUUGCUUCUGAAUUUGCUUUCAAUGCCGGCGGAAGGGUUAUUGAUCCACACCGUUCCUCUUUAGGAACUAAGAUUGUAGAUAUGCUUAUAUGUGGAUCUGAUUGGUAUCACCACCAUUCCUUUCCAUCACCGCCGGAGCAUCGACCACCACCAUCGCCGGAGCAACGAUCACCACCAUCACCAGAGAAAUGUCCAAUAGCAUCGUUGGAGUACCACUCACCACCAUUUUUGUCGUUCAAAACCACUACAUCUCUCUCCUUACCUUCCUUCUUCUCCAAUCAGAUACACAUUCCUCUUUCUCAUCCCGGAUCUAAGAUCUCCGAUGAGGAUGGUUUCAGACCGUUGAGUAGGAUAUCGAGGAUGGUUUCAAACUACGAAGAUAUGAUAAAAAACAAUGAAGACCUGAUGGAAUCAGUGAAACCACCAUUGGGAGUCUUGAGAGAAGAUCGAUUCUUUUUCUCCAGUGAAACCAUCACCGAUUCUGGAAUCUGGUGCUCGUCUUCUUCACCUGUGCAUCAUCAUCGUUCUCCAUCAGCUAGGGUUUCGAGAUCGAUGAAGAAGUCGUUGACACAUAUAAAGAUCAGAGAAGAAGCUGAAUUCUCUCCGAUUCAUCGCCCCAAUUCUAGGGUUUUUACUUUUCGCGCUCGAUACUGUGUUGCAUAA